AUGCCAAAAGGAAGGCAAUCCGAUGCCUAUUUGCAAAGGCAUACGUCAACAAUCAUACCUGGUCUUUGGCCAAGUCAUCAGUUUCUAGCACCGAAUGAAUAUCCACCAGAAGUCAUUGGUAUAUACAGUUAUCUACUGCGCUGUUAUGAUAAUGAACAUUUUGCCAAAUUCUUCUAUUAUGGAGUAAAACCAAAUGCUCAAACAAAGGAUUUCCUAGCGUAUCUAAAUGAUUGUGAAAGGACUUUAAGCGACAAAAAUCAAGUUGAUAUUGAACGAUGUAUGAUAGUUAAUCGAUUACGUCAAUAUUUAGAACAGAAUAGAGAACAAUUUCAAUCGAUUUUAAAUCGAAUUCAAGAAUAUCUUCAUCUAUACAUGAGCGAAAAUCUAACAGUAACGUCACCACAAACAGUGGCCGAACUUCAACAACAAGGCGAACAACAAAAUGAAUGUGCACUUGCACUCGAUCAAGUUUAUCGCAUGCGACGAUUUCAAUUCUAUGCUGAUAGUGAAGUUCGAAAAAAGAUAAAUCUUAUUGAUCUACAAAGUUGGAUAUCAUCUCAUCUGCAGUUAUUUCUCUGUAAUAUUCCGCAAUCACCUGCUCACGAACAAUUAACGCAACAGUUGAAAAUUUUAAUUAACAAUUCAUUUUUUAUCAUUCAACAUCCAUCACCGCCGAUUGCUACACAUAGUACAACAACUAAAGAACCUGUUACUGCCAAAAUUCAUUGUCGAAUUUUAAGUUUACUUGACACAUCAACCACUCAGAUAACCAUCGAUAAUAUAACACCUAUUGUCCGUGUUUUACCAACGCCAAAUCAACCAGAAGAAACUUUGCAAGUUUAUCCUCAACAACCGUUGACGUGGGAAACGUUUACGCUUACAACUGCUCUGAAUAAUCGAAGAAAUUUUAACUGUGCCAAAAUAUCAAAAAUUAUUUUUCGACAGUUACCUGACCGAUCAGAAAAACAAAAAGUAUCUAAAGAAAUAAAACCUCAUUAUGCACCACUUGUCUAUUGUAUUGACUUUAAUAUUGUUGUCACCGUACAUUUUCCCGACGGAUUCUCGUCCAUUCAACAUUCUCUUACGGUUCAAUCAGCCCCGUUUGGAAUCGUAUCGAACACAUCGCAAGAUGGAGAUCUCUUUGCUAAAGUGUUUAUACAAGAUCUAAAAAGCUGGAGGCCAGUAGUACCCACAUCAAAUCUUGGAAUUCCUUCAUUGAUGACAGCAGAUUUAACAAUCGAUGAAAUUGUCAAUUGUAUUCGACGUUAUUUUAUUCAUCAAACUGGUAUAAAUCCAAAAAGUUGGGUCAUACCAUAUAUUGCAAAAAUGUUGAACACGGAUUGUCAUAAUAAAUCUGGCUCAAUAGAAAAUCUUUGUCAAGCUUCUCUAGCAAAAAUUCUUGGUCAAAUUAAUUUUAUUGCUGAACAUCCAGUUUUAAGUCUAUUUCAUAGCGAUGGAUUAUUCUUAGGUCUAUGUGAUAGCAAUACAGUCGAUAAUAUUUUACAUCAAGUACAUGAACUCUAUAAGGUUUCUGUUUGUGCAAUUCGAUUAAGUGAAUUGAGUCGCAUGAAAAAUGUCAAGGAUAUUGGCGUACGUGCUAAUCUGAUAGAAAGUGGCUCAACUAACCCACGAUAUUAUGCAUUCGAGGGGGCUAAACUAUCUUGCAUGUUGGGCGUGUUCAUAAUUAGAAUAUUAUUGGGUGAAGCGGCACGUUUUGAAAACAUCUUGACUACAGUCGAUACGAAAGAUCAUAAUCUCUUGGAUCAUACUGCCAAUUAUGCUAACCUUUAUGAUAGUGAGAAAUUGCGACUUAUCUGUCCAUAUCGAGAACGAUAUCUUUCGCUAUGGGAGUGUCCUCACAAUGAAGAAAACAAUGGACUGAAUGAUCCUGAUUCAUCAUUACCAUCCGGACUGUCACCGAAUUGUCCAAUCCCAGCAACAACCACAAGCCCAAACAUAUCCAAUAGUAUGUCAUCAACUAUAAAUCUUCCAUAUCAAAAUAUGGUUGAAUCCAUGGGAAGCGUACCGCUCUAUAUGUGA